GAUGUGGCGCUUCCGCGAUCCGACAUGAAUUCGCUCCAGCGGCGCCUCCUGCUCCUGGGGGGAGUCGCCCUCCUGCUGGCGGGGUGCUCCGACUCCUCCUCGCACUCCAUGCGGAAUUUCUACACGGUGGUGUCUGAGCCCAGCCAGGGGCUGCCCCGGUUCAUGGCUCUGGCCUAUGUGGACGAACAGCCCAUCACUCGCUAUGACAUCAACACCAAGAGGAAGGUGCCCGUAGUGCCCUGGAUGUGGAAGGUGGAGACGGACAAUCCUUGGUACUGGGGAUCAGAGAGUCAGGUCCUGCAGCACAACGAGGACAUUUUCAGAGCAGAUCUGGCAGCGCUUCAGCUUCGCUACAACCAGAGCAAUGGCCCAGGGCUACACACCCUGCAGCUCAUGUACGGCUGUGAGGUGGGGCCGGAAGGGUGGCCUAGAAGGGGUUAUUGGCAGUUCGGCUAUGACGGGGAGGACUUCAUCAGCUUUGACAAGGAGACCCUCACCUGGAUAGCCGUCACACGCGAAGCCGAGAUCUCCAAGAGCAAACUGGACCCCCACCAGGACUAUUCCAAGAGCCACAAGGUCUACCUGGAGAAAGAAUGCAUUGAGUGGCUGCAGAAGUACCUGGAGUACGGGCAGGAGACUUUGCAGAGGACAGAGCGCCCAAGGGUGAAGGUGGCACGUAAGGAGGGCUACGGUGGCGAGGAGACCCUCAUCUGCCGGGCUCAUGGCUUCUACCCCAAGGAGAUCGAGAUCACCUGGACGAAGGACGGGGAGGUCAGGAGUCAGGAAACUUUGACGGGGGGUGUCGUCCCCAACUCGGACGGGACCUACCACACUUGGCUCAGCAUCGAGGUGGAACCCAAGAACAGGGACCGCUACCGGUGCCAGGUGGGACACCACAGUCUGAUGGAGAAACUGGACUUGGCCUGGGAGGAGCCAGCAUCCAACAUGGGGCUCAUUGUGGGAGUCCUUUUGGGGGUCCUGGCUGCUCUCAUCCUGCUGGGGGCUGGAGUUGCCUACUACUUGAAAAAACGUCAUUCUGAGCGUGGCUACAAAGCAACUCCAGGAAGUGAUCAGGGGUCUUGGAGCUCCACCAAGGUUCCCAUGCCCGAGGCGUAAGAAGAGAACGAAGAGGAUCUAUCCAAGAGAGCAAAGAGCUGCCGCUACCAUAAACUCUGUCCUGCCGCCUAAUCCUGGUUCUGGCCCAGCAAUGACUUCUGGCUUCCAUCUGUAUUGCUUGGAUUUCGAGGGGUAUUUUAGGCUGAUUUUGAGGGGUCGAGAGGGAUGAUAUUCAGGGGAUUUUAGCCUGAUUUUGUUUUUCUUCUGAUAUUUGAACCAUUGGGGUUGAUUGGAUAUGCGCUGAAAUAUUUGUAACCAAAAUGGUAGUUUUUUAAAAAGACAGUAAAGUUCAUUUAUAGUCUGUUUUUAGUUUAGCAUAUCAUCUGCAGUGAUUUUGAUGUGGUGGUCUUAGUAGUGGUUGUGUUCCUUCCUCCUCCAUUUAUGUGUCCCUCCCUGGCCACCUAUUCUUAAUUUAAAGCAAUGCACAUGCAUAUUUACUUAAAUUGGGAUAAAUCUGAGUACUUCCUACAAGCUUUGGGCUGAGCGAAUGUGAUGUCAUAGAAUGUUCACAAAUGUGUUAGUGUUCAGGGUGGAUGUAUUAUCAGCAGAAAGUGAAGAUGGUAGCUUCUGCACAAGAAAUGAAAAUCUGUUUAGUUAAGUGAAGGAUCCUGCAUCAAGGGACCGAAGAAAAGAAUGUCAGCGGGAAGGAGGGGGCUGCCAAGAGGAGCGGCUUUAGGAUUGAGCCUGAGAAGGCAGCCAGAGGCCUUGGAGCAAAGGGGCGUAACUGCACCAUCUUGUCUCCCAGGAGACACCUCUGGAUCUUACCAAGUACUGAGCCCCAUUCCACAGUAGGAAAGGUGGGGAAUCCGCUUCCCGGUGAUAAACUUUUACGUUUCCAAGUUAAUAUAAAAUACUUCCUUCCCUGAUUCGAGUAUUGUCUGCAUUUUGCCUUGCACUUCAUAGGUGUGAUUUUUCUCCUUUGUAAAUAUGAUUGGUUGAAAUAAAAAAAAAAUUGGUGGAA